GCCCAGCGGUACAGGGGACAAUAGAAGGUCAAUAGGAUGAUAUAUGGGUGAAAGCUCAAAACGAAAACAACCCAAAACCUGGGAAAUAGUAAUCAGUGGAACUUGGCCCAAACAGUUUGUGGAGAAACUAAGAGAACGAAACAACAGAGAGACAGCCCCCUAUGAGGACAUCUUUAAUAGCUUCGCGUCACUGUACAGUACACUCGAGCAAUAUAGAGGAAAGAUAAAGAAGUUAGACUAUGAGAAUCUCAGGAGACAGGAGGAUAUUAAGAGUAUUAUAAACGAUCCUGGCAAGAAACUCACAGAAAAUGAUAAGAACUUUCUAUCUCUUCAGCAGGAGAAUAUCCAGCUAAUAAGACAACAUGAGAACACACAGCGGGAGAUGCUGAGAAUGGCUAUGAAGGUUAAGGAUGUCGGAAGUAAAGAGACUCAGAUCAUUAACUUGGAUGGGAAGUGCUUCCGUUUAGAGCAGGAAAAUGGUGUGUUAAGAGACGAGUUUACAACUCUCCAGCUAAUGUGUAGGAAACUAGAGGAGGACAACAAGAACCUACUGAUGGAGAACCAGCACAUGCUGGAGAAAAUACUCCUCCACAAAAAGGAGGAGGCGGAUGUAGUGAACAUGCACAACGACACAAUGAAAAAGUUGAAAGAGCACCAGAUGUUCUACGAAUUAGAAAGUGCAAGAAAAGAAGAUAACAACUCGCCCGAACAAUCUUUGGGUGGAAUAUCGAAUAGUGGUGCCGGGGGGCGUGCUGGACUAUUCUCUCGUUUAUUCCGCAAAUCUGAGUCUGAGAGCGAGGACCACGAAUCAAGGCACAGUUCUGUUUCAUCUCGCUGCAGACUGUACUCCGGACCUGCUAUCAUACCAAGCCAAGUUACCAACAAAGUGGAGCAACAUUCGAGCGAGUUAUACUCGUUAGCCUUCAGUUAUCAAGGGACGAUGUUUGCUACAGGAGGGGCAGAUAAAUGUGUCAAGUUAUGGAGAUCCAGUAAUCUGCCAAAUGUUGAUAGUAUCAGCACGUUGACUGGGUGCAAUGCUGGAGUUAUGAGUAUUGACAUUGACGAACGGGAUCAAUACGUGGUGGCGGGGUCAAACGACUCAGCAGUUAGAAUGUGGCAAGUUGCUGGUGGGCAAAUCCGCUCCACUUUUAUGGGACACGACAACAAGAUUUACUGCGUCAAAUUCUACAGCCACUCUCAGAAAAUAGUGUCGGGAAGUCAUGAUAGGACCCUGAGGUUGUGGGACGUCAGAACUAACAAAAAUGUACGGACGAUAUUUGCUCGGUCAAGUUGUCACGAUCUCGCUGUGCUUAGUGAACAAGGCACGGACAUUGUGAGUGGUCACUUCGACAAACGCUUGAGGUUCUGGGAUGAGAGACAGGACACAUCUUCCUUUGAAAUGCUCCUAGAUGGUCGGAUAACAAGCUUGGAUCUGAGCGGAUGUGGGAAGUACCUCGCGUGUAGUUGCAAGGACGCGUCCACGAUAAAGUUCAUAGACCUCAAACUAAGACAAGCGAUAGCAACCUUUACAGCAGAUGGGCUAAGAAUGGGGGAACACACACGCUGUUCCUUCAGUCCAGACGGACAGUACAUAGCAUGUGGUUCUACAGACGGCAACAUAUUCGUCUGGAACACGCGCACCCUAAAGAGAGAGGAGGUCCCUAAAAUGCACAGCUCAGCGGUUCCUGUUGUUAAGUGGCACCCCAUGGGUCAAGCCUUUAUCAGUCUCGAGAAGAGCAAGAAGUUCUACGUGUGGUCAGAUCUAUCAUGAUGUCACGUGAUGCCCAUAUAAGGAGAACACGUGAUCUGUCAUGAUGAACACGUGAUGCCCAUAUAAGGAGAACACGUGAUGCUCCUCAGAUAUUUUUGCCUCCCUGAUAGUUAGAUAUCUGGCCUCGUCAGCAGAGAAGCAAUGUUACACACUUUUACCAUUUGUUGUCAUGGUUCCAUCAUUCAUUCGAACCUCCUUUUUAGCGGGUGCGGCAAUGCACUAAUGGAUGUUUAGGCAGGGUUUUGUACAAAAGGUUUUCUACCGGUAUAUUCAGAGAUAUAUUCCAGCUCAUUCAUGUUAUGAUUUAUGGCAACCUAUGUAAGUUGAGUUACUUAAUUUGUAUAAUUUUCGUGUCCAUCUAGAUUCUAGACCUUGUGUGUAUAAUUACUCAAUAAACAGUAGGUGAGUAGGAGUGAAACUGAAAUGAAUAUUUGACUUUGUAUUACCUUAUAUGGUAGUAUUACUAUGGUAACACUACCUUAUAUGGUAGUAUUACUAUGGUAACACUACCAUAUAAGGUAAUGUUACUUUGUAUUGGUAGCACUUUAUGGUGAUUUUAUGAUUAGUACUGUCUAAUGUUUCGAGUUCUAAAAUAGCAUAACAUUGUAGUUAUGAUACUUUGUGAUCUGCUAAUUUGUUAUCGUACCAUGUUGACGUUGUUA